UCAUCGCUGCCAAGUUUUUCUUGUAUCGUUGAUUAUCUUUUGAUUAUUUCUUUGUUACGAGUUAGAUUCUGUGUUGUUAUGGAAGAUUUAGAGUUGGAGGAAAUGUGGGAAGAUUCUUGUGAUGUGGAUCCUUCUGUUGAAAGAUAUCUGGCAAGUAUGGAGGGAGGUGUGUGUACCCCCACUCAACUGAUAGAGCUCACUAAACUACUGGGACCAGGUAACCCGGUCCUGAAUCAACUGUACCUAAAGCUUGUUGACCGGACUAUUUGCCGGAGUUACGAGACUCAGACACAUCUAGAGGAGUGCAGACAGCUUCUGUGGCUCGUUUUCAGUCACCCCUCGUUUACGGUAGCAGAGCGCGCGUCUCUGUGCCACUGGGUUGACCUGUUUGAUCGACUGUUCCCAAAUUACCACGAGUCGGAGAGCGGUUACAGUUCUGGGGGCUCUGAUAGAUCAUCAUCCUGUUCUCCUUCGCCAACACAAGACAAAAUGUUCGUCUACAACCCCAACUUCAUGUUCCAAUUCCCGCCGCCGCCACCGCCACCGCCGGCACUCGCUAGCCUGCCGCCUCACUGUCGUCGUAACAGCGGCGUCAUCUUUAAAAGGUCCCAGAGUGAGCCAUUGGGUGGAGGGAACUUUGUGGGGACGAGAUGUAAGGUGCAGCACAGAGAGCGAGCUAUUGAUGUUACCUCUCAUAUGACUGCGCUGAUGAGUUGGCUGAAAACACUGCGUCUACACAAGUACUACGCCAAACUCUCAGCCAUGAACUACGACACCAUGGUGGAGUUAAAUGAACUGAAACUGGGUGAUAUUACGGAGGGAGCGAGGAGGAAGAUUUUGCUGAACAUUCAGAAGUUGUCUGGAAGACAUGGUCUGCUGCAGGAUAUCAUGAAUGAUCUCUCCAAACCUGGACGUUUCAAUCCCUGUGUGACGGAGCUUCACAACAUGCUGAUGAAAACCCCCUUCCGGCUUCCCCCCUCCUCUCCCCUCGCUCCUAAUCCGGAUCCGGAUUACGACAGUCCGACCUGCGAACUGAUCUAUGUUUACACUACUGUUCUGGAAACUGCUGGAAAUAUAAUCCUGGCAAACAACAUUGAAGAAGACUGUCAGAAGCUGUUUUUCAAGUUACUGGAGGAUGCUGCCCAACACGCGGCUUUUCCUGAUAAACAGCGACGAAUCGUGUGUGAGAUUUUACAGCAAUGCAUCGACAACUACAACUACAGGAACGGACAGGUGAUACAGCUGAAGAGGUUUGACCUGACUAAUUUCCCCCACUCUGUUAAGAUAAAGUACCCGAUAAAGCCGGUUAACGGUGUGAACCACCAGUCGUCCGGUGGUUACUCCGGUUACAACAAAUUCAACAGAGGAAAUAAACCAAACUGGCAGCAGUGCCGGUCAAACAGCGGCCACCUACUCCUAGGACACUCUCAUUCAGCUCCAGUAGCCCCGCCAACUUACAGUCCCUUCUCUAACAACAUCUGGUCUCCUCCUGCGGGUAGCUGUCCCUCACUCCCCUGCUCAACCUUGGGACUCACCGAGCAAAGUGGACACAAGCCGGACAGCCUAGACUAUGUUGGAUUGGAAUCACUGUGCAGCCAAAUUGCCGAAUGUGCCCUCGCGGAAAAGUAACGACGAACUAUUGUAGAAUAAAUCCCUCUUUUAGACGAGCUGGACCCGUCAACUAUUGCACCUCAUCAUUUUAUAGCCAUACUAUUGCACCUCAUAAUUUUAUAGCUAUAUAAUAUCUACCGUUUUGUACGCUUUUAUACUUUCAUCAUCACUUAUCACUUAUUACGGAACUCAGAAUGCGUGUGUGUGUGUGUGUGAGAGUGUGUGAGCGAUUACAAGGCUCAAUUCGUUAAAUUUGAGUCGGUGUAAAUCGUACACUGGGUGUACAUUGUACAUCCGGUGGGCAUAGUACACCGAUGUAGACUCCAUGUACUUGCUGUACACUAAGCGAACUUACUGUAGGACAAAAUUAGAAUAAAAAGAUAUAAAUAGAAACUGUGAACGAAUGACUUUUCUUCAUGCUGUGUGAUAGAUAGUGAUGUAGGAUUAUAGAUUAUUGCCCAGUAAUUUCAGGCUAAUGCCUUGCCUUCCCGAUGGAUAUCUCCCGAAAAUACAAGUCCCAUCUUGAUUGAAUCUACCUAAUUAUGUGUGAGAUUAUUCCGCGGGGCAGUAAUGCAUCUGUUUAAGUGAUGUCUGUAAAUAUACCAUCUAUUUUCAUAUAUUGAUUUUUUGAAUUUUAUGUUUUCGAAAAAUUGUAAAUAGCUCGGACUGUACGUGUGUUUUUAUUGAUAUGCUAAGUUUUAAAAUUAUCUAUCAUUUUACUGCAUACCGAUCCAAUUAUAAAUUUGGGCUUACCGGAGUAAUUUUUGGGCGAACUAGGAAACACCCAUGUCAGUUAAAUCCCUCUGUUUUUUGUUGAUUAAUUUUUGUGUAAAGACUAAGAACCCCAUCCGGAUUAAGUUACGUUAAGUGCUGAUCGAUUUCUUUAAGCAGAACUUAAAAGUUCUGGCAAAAAAUCUAUUUUUACUAAACGUUUCAUAGCCCAGAUAGCGUCCUUAAAUAGAGUGAUAGAUUAAAAAUAGUAAGGUGUAUUAGGCAGAAUAUUCUUUGUUGUUUGAGUUGAAAGCCGAUGAAAUUUGGUUUUAGUCAUAAUAAUACGAAAAAAUUCAAUCUGAAUAACAAAUAAGAUUGCGGCUUAUAUAAAAACAUUGUACUGUAAUGUUGAGCACAGAAAACAUCUUCCAGACUAUUUGUGUCAAUGCGUAGCUGUGAGUGUGUCCUUAAAUUAAAUAGUUAUAAUAGAGCUGAUCAAGCCGAUGAUUGCCGUAAUAUUGAUUUAUACAAUUUCUCUCGAAAACGGGCAGGGCGAAGAUAGAUUAAACUUACAUUACGCGGACUAACAACAAGUGCACACAAAAAUUUAACCGAUUAUGUUUUGAAUUUGUUGAUUACAGUUUUAAUGGUAUGAUUAUAAUGUUAAUGAUAUUUUGGGCCGCCCUGUUCCGUUGGAAUCUAUAUAUGAUUGUAAUUUGUAAUAAUUUUGGUUUUUUCCGGUACAAUAAAAAUCAUGAAGUCGCGUGGAUCGCCAGUAUUUUACUUUAGCUCAUUGUUUUAAAUUUAAUGGUAAUAAUAUAUGCGUAUUGUGCACCCCUGUCGAUUUGUUUUGAGAAUGUUUAUAUGAUAUUACGUUGGUCUUAUAUAUAUUUGAUUAAAUUCUGGAAAUUUUGGUCGCCGUUUAAGUUGAUCUUAUCACCGUAAUAUUUCUUAUUAUCCUAAGCAAAAUAACAAAUAUGAUUUGGAAAACUUAUAACUUUAGGUUCAAAUAACGAGAUGAUAAGUUUUAGAAUGGAAAAAUUUGAGAUUUUAUGGAAAGGAUGAUACUUGGCCACCUGGUCCACUUCUUGUGAUUUUAAUUCAUGCACGUGUCAUUUGCAAAUUUGUAUUAUGCGAUCUUAUACUAAGGGAGAAUAUUUAUUUGAAACUGUGUAUUUAAUCGUAUCCAAGACGGUAACUUAUUUGAUUUCUACUACACAAUUAUUGUUACGUUAUUAACGGUUUGGGCUCCUUCACGAGACACGUCUGCCAAAUUUGGACACUCAUCACGUGACAUUAUGGUGUUAUCACGUGACACUUAUCUCGCCCCCUACGACCUACGUGAUGCUGCAGACGUGUUUCAGGAAGGGGCCCAUAUCUGAUCUUGCAAAUUGUUUAGCAUUGUUGCCUUUGAUCCAAUAAAACGACUUUAACUUUUCAUGCGCUAAAAAGGAGAUUGAUACCAACAUUCCAGACAUUUAAAACUAUGUAUUGAUCGCCUGGCAACUGUUAGAAUCCCAUUAAGAUCGGGAGGCUAUGCAUAGCUAUGAUUGGAAUGUAUAAAUUGCUAAGGGUCAGCUAUUUGCUAUAAUGUGCCUGUAUUUGUAUCACUACCAUAUUUAUUUUGGCAAACAAUCACUACACAA